AUGGCGGAGCUUAAGCCUUACAGAGGGGGCUACUAUCUCUGGAAAUAUGUCCCCUCGCUCCCAGCAGCAAUCAUCUUCUUGAUACUUUUCGUCGCUGCCACGACAUUCCACUUUUGGAAGCUGCACCGAACAAAAGCUUGGUUCUGCCUCGCAUUUUCUCUCGGGGGACUCUUUUUGCGUCAAGUCGAAGUAAUCGGUUACGUCGGUCGAGCCGCUGCGCACAACAGGACAGAUUCGGUGAUAAUAUACGCUAUUCAGAACGUCUUCCUUCUCCUUGGCCCUACCCUUUUCGCAGCCUCUAUAUACAUGACCCUCGGGCGGAUCAUCCGCAGCGUCCACGCCGAGGAACACUCGCUUGUUCGGAUAAACUGGCUUACCAAGAUAUUUGUGAUGGGCGACGUGGUAUCAUUCCUUGUUCAAGGCAGUGCAUCGGGCCUGAUGGCCACGGGGAAUAAUACGAAGCUGGCCUCAAACAUUGUGGUCGCUGGUCUGGUCAUCCAGGUCGUCAUGUUUGGUCUAUUCAUUGUCACAUCGGUUGUUUUCGAGGUCCGUAUGCGUCGCUCGCCCUCGACAGCAGCCUUUGAGGAGCAGAUUAACUGGAUGAGUCGAGUCCGCACGCUCUAUGCUGUCAGUGCGCUUAUCUUGAUUCGGAGCAUUUUCCGGGUUGUGGAGUAUGCAGCUGGGAAUGACGGAUAUCCACUUACCCAUGAGUGGAUGCUCUAUGUGUUUGACUCUGUGUUGAUGAUAAUCUCGAUGGUCAUAUGGGGUAUUUGGUAUCCUGUAAUUCUACUGAGACCCAUAGUCCCGGAUCAGGGGAUAGUCACAGAGGUAGCGGCCGGCGUCGAGUUGAAGGGGCGUUGA